CAGACACAGUCUGGAUCAGACGGAGAACACGCAGACCCGCAGACCGACAGCCGGUCUCACCGUCACAGCAGCGGAUCACAGCCGAGUGGAGAGAUCCGAGUCCCGUUAUCUAAUGGGCUCAUAAAUAAUAUUUUCAUUUGCGCCCAGAUGACCAUGUCGGUGCUCAGCCCCGCCCCCAGCAGCAGCGACGCCUGCCUCAGCAUCGUCCACAGCCUCAUGUGCCACCGGCAGGGCGGAGAGAACGAGGGCUUCGCCAAGCGCGCCAUCGAGAGCCUGGUGAAGAAGCUGAAGGAGAAGAAGGACGAGCUGGACUCGCUCAUCACCGCCGUCACCACCAAUGGCGUCCACCCCAGCAAGUGCGUGACCAUCCAGAGGACGCUGGAUGGACGGCUGCAGGUAGCAGGUAGGAAAGGUUUCCCUCAUGUGAUCUAUGCCCGUCUGUGGCGUUGGCCUGACCUCCAUAAGAACGAGCUGAAGCACGUCAAGUUCUGUCAGUUUGCCUUCGACCUGAAGUACGACAGCGUGUGUGUGAAUCCCUACCACUACGAGAGGGUGGCGUCCCCGCCCACAGGUCCUCAGUCUCUCAUAAAGGAGGAGUUCAUUCAGGACUGUCUGCAGAUCGACCUGCCCCCCCAUCCCGACCCCUACAACCAGCCCCACCCCGUCAGCUUAUAUCCCAGCAUGCCUCUGUCUCCUCCAGGAAGCAGCUCCAUGACGCCUGCAGCUCUGUCCGCCAGCGGAGGGGGAGGGGUCUGUGGCAGGAGUGGAGGUGGUGUCGGUGGGGGUGUCAGCAGCGAGGGCCCAGGUCUCCUUCAGAUCGCCCCGCCUCAGAACCAUGGAGCUCAGGCCUCGCCGCCUCACCCGAACCCCCCCCACACCCCUCAGCCUCCCCACCCUCCCACUCCCACCUCAUCACAUCAGCAGAACCCCGAGUACAGCAGCCCCCCCAAAACUGCCACCUGGUCAGGCAACAGCCCCGCCCCCUACAGCCCUGCAGGACCUCAACAGAGUGGGCGGAGCCACCAGCAGCCUCCAUUACAUCAUCAUCACCACGCCCCCAAUACUCACUUCUGGUCACAGCAUCACAGCACCGCUCCGUAUCCACAGCCGGUGUCCAACCACCCAGGUCCAGAGUUCUGGUGCUCAAUCUCGUACUUUGAGUUGGAUGUUCAGGUCGGGGAGAUGUUUAAGGUCCAGUCCAGCUGUCCUCUGGUGACGGUGGACGGAUAUGUGGAUCCUUCAGGAGGAGAUCGCUUCUGUCUGGGACAGCUGAGCAAUGUCCACCGUACUGCUGCCAGCCACCGUGCCAGGCUCCACAUCGGUCGGGGGGUUCAGCUAGAGUGUCGGGGGGAGGGGGACGUCUGGAUGCGUUGCCUUAGUGACCACUCGGUGUUCGUUCAGAGUUUCUACCUGGACCGAGAGGCCGGCCGAGCACCUGGAGACGGAGUCCAUAAGAUCUACCCCGGAGCUUAUAUCAAGGUGUUUGACCUGCGGCAGUGUCACAGACAGAUGCAGCAGCAGGCAGCAGCAGCUCAGGCAGCUGUAGCGACUCAGGCGGCUGCAGUUGCCGGUGCGAUUCCCGGACCAAACAGUGUGGGAGGGAUCGCCCCUGCUGUCAGUGUGUGUUCAGCGGCAGGUCUCGGGGUGGACGACCUUCGCAGGUUGUGUAUUGUGCGUCUGAGCUUCGUUAAAGGUUGGGGGUGUGAUUACCCACGACAGAGCAUCAAAGACACCCCCUGCUGGCUGGAGGUUCACCUGCACCGAGCGCUGCAGCUGCUCGACCAGGUGCUGCACACACUGCCGCCACGAGAACACACACUCUGACAGACUGCAGCAGGUGUGUGUGUGUGUUUUCUCUGUCGGCUGCAGUGUGUUUGAGUCAAAAGAGGAUUCGUCCACAGCUGUGAUGUCAUCUGAAUGAUCUAAGCUGUCAGAGUUGAUAAGCCCCACCCAGCCAGUCCUCCUACAGACACCUGU